CGGGGCGGGGCGGCUUCCGGCGCGGCACCCCGCGCUCGUUCCCUGGUUGUCUGCGGUGCUCGGCCUCCGCUUUCCCGCGCCCGGGGCCGCCGCCGCCAUGGGCAAGAAGCACAAGAAGCACAAGACUGAGUGGCGCUCUUCGUACGAGGAUUACGCAGACCAGCCCCUGGAGAAGCCUUUGAAGCUGGUCCUUAAGGUUGGGGGGAGUGAAGUGACUGAGCUCUCGGGAUCUGGCCACGACUCCAGUUACUACGACGACAGGUCUGACCACGAGCGAGAGAGACACAAAGAAAAGAAGAAGAAAAAGAAGAAGAAGUCAGAGAAGGAAAAGCGUCUUGAUGAUGAAGAAAGGAGGAAGCGGAAGGAGGAGAAAAAACGGAAACGAGAAAAAGAACACUGUGACACAGAGGGGGAAGCUGACGACUUUGACCCUGGCAAGAAGGUGGAGGUGGAGGCGCCCCCUGAUCGGCCCGUGAGAGCCUGCCGGACGCAGCCAGCUGAGAACGAGAGCACACCGAUCCAGCAGCUACUGGAGCACUUCCUCCGGCAGCUCCAGAGGAAGGACCCUCAUGGGUUCUUUGCCUUCCCUGUCACGGAUGCGAUCGCUCCUGGGUACUCCAUGAUCAUCAAACACCCGAUGGACUUUGGCACAAUGAGAGACAAGAUUGUGGCAAAUGAGUACAAGUCAGUCACAGAAUUCAAGGCAGAUUUCAAACUGAUGUGUGACAAUGCGAUGACGUACAACCGACCAGACACUGUGUACUACAAGCUUGCCAAGAAGAUCCUGCAUGCCGGCUUCAAGAUGAUGAGCAAGGAGCGGCUGCUAGCUCUGAGGCGCAGCAUGUCGUUCAUGCAGGACAUGGAUUUCUCUCAGCAGGCAGCUCUUCUGGGCAGCGGAGAGGCCGCUGUUGAGGAACCUGCUCCCGAGGUUGCACCGGUCCAAGUAGAAACGGCCAAGAGAGCCAGAAAGCCGAGUAGAGAAGUCAUGAGAUGGCCAUGUCUGAGCCAGACCAAGAGCUUCAUGCUGGUCUUCCAUAUCAGUGGCAAAGGCCCAGUUCUGUCAGCCAUCUGCUACUGCCUGCCCAGCUGCGUGUUUGAGCCUGAAGGUAACGCAUGCAGUCUGACAGACAGUACUGCCGAGGAACAUGUGCUGGCGCUGGUGGAGCAUGCGGCGGACGAGGCUCGCGAUAGGAUCAACCGCUUCCUUCCUGGUGGCAAGAUGGGCUACCUGAAGAAGCUCUGUGAUGGAAGCCUGCUCUACAGUGUUGUCAAUGCGGCUGAGCCGGAUGCUGAUGAGGAGGAGACACACCCUGUGGACCUGAGCUCCCUUUCCAGCAAGCUGCUCCCAGGUUUCACCACGCUGGGCUUCAAGGACGAGAGAAGGAACAAAGUCACGUUUCUCUCCAGUGCCAGCACUGCUCUCUCCAUGCAGAAUAACUCGGUGUUUGGGGACUUGAAAUCGGAUGAGACCGAGCUGCUGUAUUCAGCCUACGGGGAUGAGACAGGCGUGCAGUGUGCACUCAGCCUGCAGGAGUUUGUGAAGGAUGCUGGGAGCUACAGCAAGAAGAUGGUGGAUGACCUGCUGGACCAGAUCACUGGGGGAGACCACUCGAGGAUGCUGUUCCAGCUGAAGCAGAGGAGAAACAUCCGCACGAAGCCUCCAGAUGACAUGAAGGUUGGGGAUACACUGGGAGACAACAGUGCCUCCUCCCUGGACUUCACCUCCAUGAGGCCAUGCCCCGAGGUCUCCCUGGAUAUCUCCAUGCUCGGUACCCUGGGAAAAGUGAAGAAGGAGCUGCACCAUGAUGACGGCCACCUUAGCCUGGACGAGACAACGAAGCUCCUGCAGGACCUGCACGAAGCACAGGCUGAGCGGGGGGGCUCCCGGCCCUCGUCCAACCUCAGCUCCCUGUCCAACGCCUCUGAGCGGGAUGCCCACCACCUGGGAAGCCCUUCUCACCUCAGCGUCGGGGAGCAGCCCGAUGGGACACACGACCCUUACGAGUUUCUUCAGUCUCCAGAGCCUGCUGCCUCCGCCAAGCAUUAGCCUCAUCACAGCCUCCAGCUGUCUCAUUGGAGAGUUAAGUUGCACACACAUUUCUGUCGUGAGACAAAGACUUGCCCACCUUGGUGUGUGGGACUCAACGCCUGGAGUGAACUGUGACCCACCGGGCCUCGUCCAUGGGUUCUAGGUGUGACCGGUGCCUUGGGCUACCUGGGGCAGGCAGUGUCUGCACACACAUCCACAUCGCCCUGGGAGGCUGUCCUUGCGUGUCCCAUCACACACUCCCACCACCUGGCAGGCCAUGACAGGGCCCCCGGGCCAGUCUGAGGUGGAGUUGUGGCCCUGUUGGGGUUUGCUGAAUGAGCUCGCGAAGGGAGUGCACACGGGCCUGUGUGUUGUAGCUGGUACCUGCUGCCCCUCCGUGCAGUGCCAUGAGCACAGAUAAUAAAGAGAUGCAAGGAGCACUCGGGGUGUGCCCCCAGGCGCCUGUGCGUGGGGACACCCAAGGCAAGGGCUUCCAUCAUCCCAGGGUGGGUGCAGGCUGGUGCUCAGUGGGCAACAGGCACGUCUGGCUGGAGCUCUGGGCUGGGGGAGGGUCCUCAGAAAGGUCUGCAGUUGAAGGAUCAGAAGCAGCCUUGCCCCUGGAGAAGAAAAGGUAUCA